AUGAAUCCCCCCAUUUCAGACGUCUUUGUUGAAAAACAGGCGAUGCUAACGUCCACAGCCGAAUUCAACGCCCGCAGAGACGUGACGGGAAGCCUAAUCAACGAGAUAGUGACAUGGCCCAUCAACCGCAUGGCACGAUUCAGAUGCCCCAGAGCCAUCAAGUCAAUAGGAAGCUACGUGCAACAGCUUGAACACCUCUGCGCCAUGCCGGGUACCGAUCUCUUCCGACAUCUCAGUCUAGGGAAGGCCUUUGAUCGAGCCGCUCUCGCCUUGGCCCGGAUACACAUCCCGCAGACUGUGGGCAGUGACUGUGGCUGCGGGUGUCCUGAUAUGUCGGAUUUCGCCAAGGUCGCGGCUAAUCGGCUAAAGAGGAGUAGGGGGCUUGAGUUUGGGGUUUGUCUGGAUUGCUUGCGGUCUCGGGGGGAGUCAUUCAGGAAGGGGCUGUGUCGGUAUCCGCAUCCGGGGACUGAGUUGAUGGUUGGGCUAUUUGCUUUUUAG